AUGCAGGGUGACACCAGACCCCCAGGAAAAGUCUGGGGUUCAGUGUCUUACACAGUGAAAAGUGUGAACUGUAUUGUAAAAAGUGUGAACCUUCUUUCAGAGGAUGACACUGGAGCUGUGAUCGUGCAGACUGCUCCAGGUAAGGUGGUGACUCACCGAGGUGGCUCCAUCACUCUGCCCUGCAGAUUCCAUCAUGAACCGGAAAACACGGAUCCCGCUCGCAUUCGGAUUAAAUGGACAAAAGUGACCGACGCUUUGCAGUUUGACGACGUGUUUGUUGCACUCGGAAAACAACAGCGGGUAUUCGGCUCCUACCGUGGCCGUGUGUUCUUGGAACAGGAAGGACCAGGAGAUGCCUCCGUCAUCAUCCAGAAUGUCACGCUGGAAGACUACGGCCGCUACGAGUGUGAGGUCACCGAUGACAUGGAGGAUGACACAGGAUUUGUUAACCUUGACUUGGAAGGGGUGGUUUUUCCCUACUAUCCCCGUGAGGGGCGCUAUAAGCUCAACUACCACCAGGCAGAAGAUGCCUGUAAGCUCCAGGAUGCCAUCCUUGCUUCUCAUUCCCAGCUGCACAAGGUGAGUUGGGUUAUUCAGUGCUACAUGUGA